GUCGCGAUGAGUCGUUUGGACGGAUAAAAUCAGCAGUGUUCAACCCUGUCCCGUCUCACAUGUCGUGUUCCCUAACCAUCCUGGAUUAUGCCUGAUAUCGGCCGCUAGUCGGGCCGCUUUCGCUGGGUUCUAAGGAAGAACUCCCUUUUCUGUUUCUAAGACUCCCCGCUUCACUCUUUCACCAUGGAAAUGGUCUUUCAGGCGAGCAAAAAGCCCCUCAUUUGGGUGACUUUGGGGCUGCUCGCCAUCGUCUUCUCCACCUCUCCGGUCAGUGGGAACGAGGACUGCCUGUGGUACGUGGAUAAAAAUGGCACCUGGCACAACGGCUUCGACUGCGCUCUCAUUUCUUCCUGCUGCGGCAACUGCCACCGGCGCUACUGCUGCAUGGACCCCUUCAAGAUGAUCACGGAGAGGGAGCAGAAACGCUGCAUGCUCUUCCAGUUCAGUCCCAGUACUUUAGUCGGCAUUGCGUCCUCCAUUCUGCUGUUUGUGGCCAUCAUUGCUACCAUGGUUUGCUGCUUCAUGUGCUCCUGUUGCUACCUCUACCAGAGAAGGCAGCAGAGAGGCAGGACACCAUAUGAUGCCCAGCACAUCCCCAUGGCCAGCUACCCAGUGGAGCCCAUGCAUGACGCAUAUGGAAAACCCAUUGGACCGUCAGAGUAUCCAGCUGCAGGUUAUCCAAUGGCACCCCAGUACUCUGGGAUGCCUGUACAUUACCCAGUGAUGCAUCCGGGACCUUACCCAUCACACUCCAUGGAUCCGGCAUACAGCCAAGGAAGAAGUAAACUUUUCAAAUCUGUUAUCGCCCCACCACCCUAUUCUCCACCUCAGUAUCCUGGUCAUUGAUGGGAGAAAAACUCAACAAACACAACAGAGAGAAAUGACUGAAAAGGGGGAGACUGGAGCCCUGUUGAAGAUGUAUGAACAUUCCAAUGCAAACCCAUUAAAACAAAACUACAGCCCAACCAGAGGUGGUUUUAAAUGAGGAGAAAAGGAGGCACUUUAAUCUUUUUAUUUUUUUUUCCUACCUUCUUACUGUUUAUUAACAGCAUUGUCCCACAUUUGCACAGUGGUAAUAUCAAUCAGGUUCUGUUCAAUUAUUUGCUUAGUUUAGCUCAGAACCAGUGUCACUUAAAGACAGUGCUCAUUGGCUAACGGAAAACCAAAGUUCAAGAACUUGACCUGUGAUGUACUUAUUUAUGUGUUAAAGGGGAAAAAACUCUAAUUCUAUUGUGUGUUUCUUAGAUUUAAAGAACCUUAUAACUGUCUGUUUAAUGGCUGUUUUAUUGCUGUGAAGCUUCUCAUCCUUUCACGUUUCUCUCAUUGCAGUAAGUUGGAAAACAAAUGAGCUGCACGUUUCAAUUAUAUUCUUUUUUUUUUUUUCUUCCAAUUGUUAGUCUACAU